UCCACUUAGCAAAAAUGAGCCGUUACUUUCCGUUAGCAAAAUUUUUUUUUUACUGUUGAGUUAGCACUUUCCCGAAUUGUCAUGACUUUUGCUCAAUUUGAGUAAAAACAACCCAUUGCUUCUAACUUUAGUAAAUGCGGUAGCGAGAACUCAAACUAUUAGCCUGCGCACAAACCGUGGUCGUUUUUUUGUUUUGUUUUUGUUUCCUAAUGCGGUUCUGUUCGGUUGGAAACUUUCGGAGCGAAAAAAUGAAACCUAUCUUUAUUUCAUAAACUGUUUUCGCCACAUUUCAAAUGUUUAUGAGAUUCAAAUUGUGCUUGGUUUUGUUCCCAUCAGGAGUAAGUGGAAGUGAUCGGGAAAAGAAAGAUAGGUAUGGAAGUCUGUAUCAGUGGCUCAAUUCCAGGACUCCCGGCUAACCAACAGUGAUUUUCGUGCGCCCUUCCUCAAUUUUGCUUGGUAAGUCAAUUCAAAAUAAGCUUUGAAAUUGGAAGAAAACUUAUUUGGUUUUUAGGUGUUUCCCCCCGAAAAACCAUUUGGGUACAUCCAGCAAGAUGUGCCAGAAUUCAGGAACCCGGAUCGGAAGAAUCUUCCUGGCCUUAACUGACGGUGAAAGAAUAGGUGCUCCCAACCCAAGUCGUACAGAUUCGAACUGCUGGAACCAGCACCUUUCCCUCUGGCAGACCCCACUCCGAUUAACAACAGGAUCGAUGCAGUCGCUACAGUUAUCACUGUAUUUUCAUACAACCGGUACGUUCUUAAGGACACCCGGCCGCUGCACGAAAUAUGCGCAGCAAUCGGCGCAGAACCAAGUUCUUUUUUCAUCGCAAUGGCUGAUCUUAGGUGGUAUUGGUGGUUUGGAAUUUGGCUUUCAUCAGCGAAUACGAAUAUCAAGAUAAGAUGUUUUGCUCCAAGCCCGGAUUUGGUCGCGCAGAUCAUUUAGGCGGCAAAAAUGGAUGAAAAUAAACUAAAAAAACAUUUCUUGGCUGUACUGCUUUAUUCAAAUGACAGUCCCUUUCAAAGAAGCAAAUCAACGGAUCCAUAAAAAUUUUGAUUUUACUUAAAUUUUAGUAAUUUUUGGGGGUAAAAUAUUUUUGCUCAAAUUUUAGCAAACAAUGC